CAAAAGGAUAACAAAAUCAAAAUGGAAGAAUGAGAAAGGAGGAGGAGAAGAAUCUGAAUCAAAAGCUGGUCAAACUAUUACAGCCCCAAGGAACAAAAUCUAACUUAUAUUAAUCAUACUAAACAAAAAUCCCUUUGGCUACACUGCAAAACUAUAAUGAAAAGAAGCUUAUGAAGUUUCCAUUGAUUCAGCUUUCAUUUUGCUUAAAAAAAACGUAGGCGACAACAGAUUCCCAAUCAUCGCCUCCACUCUAUAGGAAACACAUGAUUACACCCAACAACAACAAUACCUUUUCACCAUUGAAGACUGAGCUAUUAAGGUAGCUUUAAUAUUCACCCCUUCUCUUCUUUACUCACCCUUUCCCAAUAUAAAUACCCAUCAAUCUCCAUCACCUUUUUCUACCUUCUUCUUCUUCUUCUUCAUCAUCAUUGUUUAACAGAUAGUUUUUUUUAUUGUUGUUAUUAUGGAUCCUUCUUCAUGCACCAGUACUUCUUCUGUAAAUGGAUUCUACAACUUGCUGAACCGAGGGCUUGAAGAACUGGAUUGCUCCUUCGCUUCUUGUAACUUGUUGUCGAUCCAGUUCCUGCAAAAGAUCUUGUCUUCGCUUCGAUCUUUUCAUUCCCAGUCGACCCUAUUGGUCCAAAAGCUUCAUCUUCCUGUAGGAGAAAAAUGGCUCGAUGAAUACAUGGAUGAAAGCUCUAGGCUUUGGGAAGCUUGUCUUUUGCUCAAAUCUGGUAUUUCUGGGAUUGAAAGUUACUGUUAUUCGGCUACAAAUAUUGCUUCUUCUCUUGAUCAUCAUCUCCACUUCAACCUACAAUUUUCCCGCCAGGUGAUACUGGCAAUAGUGGGGUGCCAAAGGGAAAUUGUGGGGCUGGAAGAGGAGAACAGGAACCUAAUAGAAACAAGAGCAAGGCAACUAUCACUUCGAUUCGACGAAAACGUCGCCGUGGAAUCGAAGCUGAACGGUUUCAACGGAUUCCGAGGCGUUCUCUACGCAAUGAGGAACAUCGGCUCAUUGAUCCUAAUGAUCCUCCUCAGCAGUCUCGUGUACUACUGCCCGGAACUGAGCUUCGUCCACGGCGAACACGAAGGGCACAUGAUAUUCGGGUCACCGUUCAUGGUCUCGAUAUCGAGGCUCCACCAAAGGGUAUCUAAUGAAAUGUAUCGAAACGGCGGCCAACAAGCCGGGAUCAUGUUAUACGAAUUCCGAGAAGCAAAGGUGGCCAUGGAAGAGCUGAGGGAGGAAAUUGAAAAGAUGGUGAAAUACGGAUCACCGGAAAACGAAAUAAUCCGAGACAAAAUCGAUAAUUUGAACAGUUGCUUCGGGUUAUUGAGGUGUGGGGUGGAGACUAUAAUUGGACAAAUCGAUGAUUUCUUUGAUGAAAUAGUUGAAGGGAGGAAAAAGCUUCUGGACAUGUGCACUCACAGUGUUUGCAGCUGCAAUAGUGUUGAAGGAAACUAUUUUUUCUAAUGAAAACCCAGAAAAGGAAAUGCCUCAAGGGACAGGAGAAUAUGAUUCUUGAAGAUAAAUAAAUAAAAGAC